AGUUUGUCGGUGACGCAUUGCCUGUUGUAGCUUGACAGCUAAACAAGUCCUGCCAAAAUGUUAGGGACGUAACUAACAGUUCACUUUAAAGAAAGAUUGUGCUUUUUUGUUUUCUUUGGAGGGCUAAAAUGAACUAAAGCAAUUUGCGGCACACUCAGAGUCAAUCUUCAGAGAGUUUCAGGUGGUUUAACAGACAUCAUCAUCAUCAUGUCGUUUCUUGUGGACUCAGUCAUCAUGUUCACCUCUCAGGUGCUGUUUUUUGGGUUUGGCUGGUUGUUCUUUAUGCGGCAGCUGUUCAAAGAUUAUGAGGUUCGACAGUAUGUUGUCCAGGUGGUUUUCUCUGUCACCUUUGCAUUUUCUUGCACAAUGUUUGAACUCAUCAUUUUUGAGAUUCUUGGGGCCUUAAGCAGCACUUCCAGGUAUUUCCACUGGAAGCUGAAUCUGUAUGUGAUUCUGCUGGUUCUAAUCUUUGUGGUGCCUUUCUAUAUCGGUUACUUUGUUGUCAGCAACAUACGACUAUUACACAGGCAAAGACUCCUUUUUGCCUGUAUGGUUUGGUUCACCUUUAUGUAUUUCUUCUGGAAGUUGGGAGACCCAUUCCCUAUCUUGAGUCCAAAACACGGGAUUCUGUCCAUUGAGCAGCUGAUCAGUCGUGUCGGUGUGAUCGGAGUCACUCUCAUGGCACUGCUCUCAGGGUUUGGUGCUGUCAACUGUCCAUACACUUAUAUGUCCUAUUUUCUCAGAAAUGUAACAGAAAGUGACAUUCUUGCUCUGGAGAGGCGGCUACUCCAAACCAUGGAUAUGAUUGUCAGCAAAAAGAAAAGAAUCGCCAUGACAAGGAGGCAGAUGUACCAACGAGGGGAGGACCAAAACAAACAGACUGGUUUCUGGGGCAUGAUCAAGAGCGUCACUUCGACACAAACGGGCAGUGAAAAUCUGUCUUUGAUCCAGCAGGAAGUUGAUGCUUUGGAGGAGUUGAGUCGACAGCUCUUCCUGGAGACUGUAGAUCUUCAAGCCACCAAGGAGCGAAUUGAGUACUCAAAGACAUUCCAGGGAAAAUACUUCAACUUUCUGGGGUACUUCUUUUCCAUCUACUGUGUUUGGAAAAUCUUCAUGGCCACGAUAAACAUAGUUUUUGAUCGAGUUGGAAAGACGGACCCAGUGACGAGGGGCAUCGAAAUAACAGUGAACUACUUGGGCAUCCAGUUUGAUGUAAAAUUUUGGUCCCAGCAUAUUUCUUUCAUCCUGGUUGGAAUAAUAAUUGUCACUUCCAUACGAGGUUUGCUCAUCACUCUUACAAAGUUCUUCUACGCAAUAUCGAGCAGCAAAUCUUCUAACGUCAUCGUGCUUGUCCUCGCUCAGAUCAUGGGGAUGUAUUUUGUUUCAUCUGUGCUGCUGAUGCGCAUGAGCAUGCCCCUAGAGUAUCGCUCCAUCGUGACAGAGGUUCUGGGGGAGCUCCAGUUCAACUUCUACCACCGCUGGUUCGACGUCAUCUUUCUCGUCAGUGCCCUGUCCAGCAUCCUCUUCCUUUAUCUCGCCCACAAGCAGGCACCAGAAAAACACAUGACCCUCUGAGCACCUGCUGUUUUGCCUGCAACAACGCUUUUACCCCUGAAUCAGGAACAGUUUCUGGGGUGCCUAUUGGAGCAUAAGUUGAAGGAACUUGGCAACUGGACUUUAUUGAACAGACAAUUGUUCAAACUAAACAUUAAAACAUUCUCUAUUUGGUUUAAUUUUACAUUCUUUUAGUUGUUGCUUUUUGUUUCAACACACUGGCUUGAGCAAAACACAUUUCUUGCUUCACUGCAGGUUGUUUCACUGUGAUUGAUUUUUCAAAAUGUUCAGAUACGGAAUUGAAAUGGGAAAGAAAACAGGCAACCUCAACUCGGAUGGAAGCGUGUUGACUUGAAUUUUUAUUUUCUGUAAGAAAUGUGAACUUUUUUCAACAUUAAAUAAAGACAACAGAAUGUGUAAA